GUGAUGAUGGAAUUACUCCCUCCCUAACCGCACGCACAGAGCCAGCAUUGGAUCUGUAGCGCUCGCAGUGGUGCUCACUCAUGUACCGCACCGCAGUGAGACAUUUUACCUUUUGCUAUAGCCUUUUCCACAACGGAGAACAUGUGCAUUUUCCAUGGAAACAUGCGUUUUUGACACUUUUACUAACUUUUGUAAAUCUUCAGUUGGACCCAUUUACCUUGAGAGAAAUAUGCCUGAGCGUAUCAACAUUUCGGAGUUUGUUGCUCUGACAAACGAGGACUUGGCUUCACCGGCUACCUCGAGUUUUCAGUCCAAAAUGAGUGAAUGUCGGAACACCGUUUCGGCAGUCGAAGAGUCCUUAGAGAUGGACCAGAGCACCUUACAGAGGAUGAAGAAGAUGAUCAAGGCCAUCCACAGCUCUGGACUAAGUCACGUGGAGAACAAGGAGCAGUACAUCGAGGUGCUGGAGAACCUGGGGAACAGUCACCUGACCCAGGACAACAACGAGGUGUCCACAGGAUUCCUCAACAUGGCCGUCUUCACCAGGGAGGUCACCUCUCUCUUCAAGAACCUGGUCCAGAAUCUGAACAAUAUAAUCUCCUUUCCCUUGGAGAAUGUCUUGAAGAGUGAGCUUAGAGACAGCAGACUGGAGUUGAAGAAACAGUUGGAGAAGAGCUGGAAGGACUAUGACAUCAAAGUUGGGAAGCUGGAGAAGGAGAGGAGGGAGAAGAGCCGUCAGCCAGGCCUGAUCAGGAUGGAGGGAUCCGACAUGACGGAGGACAUGGAACGAGAGAGGAGGACCUUCCAGCUGCAGAUGUGUGAGUAUCUACUGAAGAUCCAGGAGCUGAGGGUACGUCAGGGUCCAGACCUGCUCCAGAGUCUCAUCAAGUACUUCCAGGCCCAGCUCAAUUUUUUCCAGGACGGCUUGAAAGCUGCCGAGAACCUUAGUCCCUUUGUGGAGAAGCUGGCUACAUCGGUGCACAUGGUGCGUCAGGACCAGGAUGAAGAGGUGAGACAGCUCUCUCAGCUACGAGACUCCCUAAGACUGCUGCUACAGAUGGAGGGGAAAGAGGAGUACCUGACCAGAAAGAACUCUGGUAACGGCUACAGCAUCCACCAGCCUCAAGGCAACAAGAAGUAUGGUACGGAGAAGUCAGGCUUCCUACAGAAGAGGAGUGACGGGAUUAGGAAGGUGUGGCAGAAGAGGAAGUGUGGUGUCAAGUACGGCUGUCUGACCAUCUCUCACAGCACGAUCAACCGACCACCGGCGAAGCUCAACCUCCUGACCUGUCAGGUGCGCCCCAACCCCGAUGAGAGGAGGACCUUUGACCUGGUCACACAUAAUCGGACGUACCAUUUCCAAGCUGAGGACGAGCAGGAAUGCAUGAUUUGGGUGUCGGUGCUGCAGAACAGUAAGGAGGAAGCCCUGAACACAGUGUUGGGAGGGGACCAGCCGCAGUUCCAGGACUCCGGGCUGCAGGAGCUGGCCAGGGCAGUCAUCACCGAGCUCAGACACAUGCCCGGCAACGAGGCCUGCGCCGACUGUGGAGCCCACGACCCCACGUGGCUCUCCACUAACCUGGGCAUCCUGACGUGUAUAGAGUGUUCUGGGAUCCACAGGGAGUUGGGAGUCCACUACUCCAGGAUCCAGUCCCUCACGCUGGACAUGCUCAGCACCUCCGAACUACUACUGGCAGUCAGUAUAGGCAACACCCGCUUCAAUGACAUCAUGGAGGCCAAUCUUCCCAAUGAUUCCAUCAAACCCCUCCCCCAGAGUGACAUGAAUGCAAGGAAGGAGUAUAUCGUGGCCAAGUACGUGGACCGGCGCUACGUGCUGCACAGGGACCGGGAGGACGGUGAGCCGUGGCGUGUGUACGAUGCCGUGAGGAGCCGGGACCUGACCGCUCUGCUGCAGCUGUACGCCCAGGGAGAGGACCUGGCCAAGCCGCUAGCACUGCCUGAGGGACAGCAUCUGAGAGAGACAGCUCUUCACUUUGCUGUGAGGCUGGAGGAGAGGAGCUCUCUAUCCCUGGUGGACUUCCUCAUACAGAACAGUGUCUGUCUGGAGAAGAGGACUCUAGAGGGGAACACUGCUCUACAUUACAGCGCCCAGCACCACAAAACAGAGUGCCUCAAACUGCUGCUCAAAGGAAAGGCUGUCCUCCACACAGUGAACUCAUCCGGAGAGACGGCUCUGGACAUCGCCAGGAGACUGCAGCACUCCCAGUGUGUGGAACUGCUAGAGCUGGCCCAGAGUGGGAAGUUCAACAGUCAGAUCCAUGUGGAGUACAUGUGGGAGACACAGAGCCAGGACCUGUACGACAGCGAAGAUGACCUGGAUGAGAGGGUGAACCCCUUACACAGGAACCUACGCUCCCCUCUGCCCUCCAAAGCCUCGCCCUCCCGCUGGAGCUUCGCCAACGCCCCCGUGGCGUGUAAGACCUAUGAAAACGUGGACUUCCUUUACCGUAAUCCCCCCAAUAGUGCUCCAUCUGGCGUCCUCAUGCCCCCGCCCCCUCUGCCCGCUAAAGCCAUCAUGAGAGGUCGCUCGGACCCCCAGAUCUCCUUGUCCACCCAGGAGGGGGUAAGCAGCAGGUGCAGCUGCUCCAACCCAACCCCCCAGUCCAGCCCCCCCUCCCCCAUGCUGGAGGGUCAGGGGGGACGACCACCCAAAUCACCCCACGGCCAGGGCAUCCUGGUGAGGGGGCAGAGACAGACCGCAGCCUGGGAGGGUCAGGCCAAUACUGGGUCAGGGUCCUCAGACAGAGACAGCACCAAGUCUAACAGUAGUUCCCCUCAGAACCACAUAGGACCUGUCAGCUCAGAGAAAACAACAUCGUACAGGCGAACCAGCAGCGGAGGACAAGGGAAGUGUUCUGCAGCCGUGACCUCGGCCGUGACCUCGGCUGUGACUUCACCCAGCUGUGUGGCGCUGGGCAGCCAGGAGGAGCUGUACUGCAGCGUGGUACCUACUGGUCCCGCUCCCAGCGUCACACCUGCGGCCAAAUCCACCUCCUCUCCGAUCACUGUGCGCCCUCGCAGAAACGCUAUGGUGUCUCAGAGGAGGCCUACCCAGAAGAGGGUCAAGGCCCUGGUGGACUGCAGAGCCGUCAGCUCGGACCAGCUGGCCUUCUUCAAGGAUGAGGUCAUCGUAGUCACAGCCACCGAGGACCCCCACUGGUGGGUCGGCCACAUCGAGGGCUAUCCAUCCAGAAGUGGGACAUUCCCUGUAAACUAUGUCCAUAAACUGGGGACUGACUAGUCAUAUACCGGACUCCCUAUCCCCUACCCUAGCUCCUAACCUAGCCCCUACCCUAGCCUAGCCCCUACCCUAGCCUAGCCCCUACCCUAGCUCCUAGCCUAUCCCCUACCCUAGCCUAGCCCCUAGCCUAGCCCCUACCCUAGCCUAGCGGCUACCCUAGCCUCUACCCUAGCCUAGCCCCUAACCUAGCCCCUAGCCCCUAGCCUAGCCCCUACCCUAGCCUCUACCCUAGCCCCUAACCUAGCCCCUAACCUAGCCCCUACCCUAGCCUCUACCCUAGCCUCUACCCUACCCUAGCCCCUACCCUAGCCUGUCCCUUACCCUAGCCUAGCCUAGCCCCUACCCUUACUACGUCACUUACCUAGGACACAAAAAAGGCUGGAAUGGACUCUCUUGAAAGCAACUAAUUCAAAGACAACAAAAAAAUGCUUGCUCGCUUUCCUGGUCAUUUCUUGUGAGAGAAUAUUCUGAACCACUUUGAUGUGUUGUGAUCUGAUGACUAGAGACUCCCAUAAACUGUAAUUGUAUAUACAGACAGUGCACUUAAGGAAGUCGCCAUAAAGAAAGAAGGGAUGAAAGAUCAUAUUACAGGAAGGAAUGCCACCCUCACAACCCGACAGAAGAGAGUGAAAACGCCUCCCUCCGCUUUUGACCUCUAAUACCUGUGUGCUUUACAUCUGUAAAGGGAUGUUUUUACCACACCUUACCGCCCAGGGUAUUAAAGGGAUGUUUUUACCACACCUUACCGCCCAGGGUAUUAAAGGGAUGUUUUUUACCACACCUUACCGCCCAGGGUAUUAAAGGGAUGUUUUUACCACACCAUACCGCCCAGGGUAUUAAAGGGAUGUUUUUACCACACCUUACCGCCCAGGGUAUUAAAGGGAUGUUUUUACCACACCUUACCGCCCAGGGUAUUAAAGGGAUGUUUUUACCACACCUUACCGCCCAGGGUAUUAAAGGGAUGUUUUUUACCACACCUUACCGCCCAGGGUAUUAAAGGGAUGUUUUUACCACACCAUACCGCCCAGGGUAUUAAAGGCAUGUUUUUACCACACCUUACCGCCCAGGGUAUUAAAGGGAUGUUUUUACCACACUUUGCUUCCCAGGGUAUUAAAGGGAUGUUUUUACCACACCUUACCGCCCAGGGUAUUAAAGGGAUGUUUUUACCACACUUUGCUUCCCAGGGUAUUAAAGGCAUGUUUUUACCACACCUUACCGCCCAGGGUAUUAAAGGGAUGUUUUUACCACACUUUGCUUCCCAGGGGAAAUUAUAAGAGCAACAGCUGUAGCCACAUAACUGCUGGAAUACCUGUGAUACAGACUGCCUGCGCGUGUGUCUGAGAUUAUAACCAUACCAUUGGAUUACCUGGCAAUGACAUACAUACAACACUGGAGUCUGGAGGAGUGAGAUCGUGUGCUGUGGGAGCCCUAGAAAAGAGGAUGAAUAGCCGGCAUUGUCCACUGCCUUCCUGGAAACUAAGGAGACUUAAAAGAUUCAUGCCAUGUCAGUCACGGUACGUCGGGACUCUGAGCCAGAUGCAAUGAAUACCUGCUCAGUGACUGGUGGCGAUUAUGUCUGGGGCUGGAACGACCUGGAACUGAAAGCGCAUUUGUGGCUGCCAGCCUGUCUCCUGGGGCUCCAGGGUUCUCUGGCUGUCGCUCUGAAAUGGAACCCCAGUGUCUAAGCUGGUUUUGGGCCAGACUCCAGCUCUGACUGGGGGGGGGCCUGGCUGGAGCCUGGGUGAUUUUGUUUUCUCCGUCUCCAGAGGAGUCUGUCUUCCUACAGUCGGCAGAGGAAAGGAAGAGACUGUCACCGCAGUGAAAUACACAAAGCUGGGUUGUAUUCAGUAGGCACCAAAUGGACUGAAACAGGAAAAGACUACCUGAACUUGUCCAAUAAGAAAUGCACAUUUUUCAUAUUAGUUUGCCCGAAUGAAUAUGACCCAAUUCUAGUGCCUUUUUCCAUACAGUAGAUCUCGGUUCUGGGUCUAUACUAAAGGCAUGGAAAGUUGGACACUUCCACAUUGUAAAGAAAAGAGAAGUUUGUAGAGAAUUGUAAAUAGAUAUUAUUACACCCAUGAAUUGUGAUGGAAGGAUUCCAUAUCGCUAACCAUAAGCUAGUACUGAGACAUUAGUUGUUUUCCUAGUCUCUUGAGCACCAUAUAACUCUACAGUGUAAUUACAUUUUACUAGUGCAUACUCACAUCUGACCACUCCCAUUCAUAUUCAUUCAUAUUUGUCAUGUUCUGAAUCUGCAGUAAAGGCAUAUUAAUACAUUGCAUUGUGUGUUCCAGCAUUCUAUUACUAUUCUAGAACUAGAUUCUAGUGUUACUUAAUGCACCAGGAUUCUAUUAAUAUUCUAGAAAUUCUAGAACUAUAUUCUAGUGUUACUUAAUGCACCAGGAUUCUGUCUCCUAAUAUGGUUUCAAAGUGCUUUAAAUGCCACUAAUAGCGAUUGAGAGAAAGUGUAACUCAGUAUUGGAUCUUAGGCUGUUAAGCGUCUUAAACCAGUUGUAUAUCUGUCCACAAGUGAAGCUACGCCUGCAGUGGGUGUGGAGGGCUCUCUACAAUAGGGCAGACAACAAUAAAAAUCCUAAGUAUCAGUUGCUUUUCAGCCAUGUAGGUGUUUUCACACCGGUUUGCAUUCCUGUCGCUACUGUAGACAGGGGUUAUUGAGGGUUUGUUUAGCUUUCUCUAGAUCCAGUCACUGUUGCCAAUACCUACACAAGUAAGUAGAUAAGUGCAUGAUUGUCAAUGGAACCAGGAACAGACUGAAAAGUGAGGGCAGACCGUUGAGUACAUGUUGUGCUCUGUUCUACAAAGGUAAAAAAACAAACAGCUGUUGCAUGUUGGAAACGUUAAUAUCAUGCAGUGUUGAAGAAUGACUGAGGAUCAGAAUGAAUGCAUUGUUAUGUUAAUGCUCCUUGUGAACAUCACUUCGGUUCUGUAGACUCUUAUGUGUCAGUAGGGCAAUAUGGCAUGGGGGCUGGACUAGCGGGGCCCCAAAUGGCCCAGUCAGUAUGGACUAGAGGAGCCUAAAUGGCCCAGUCAGUAUGGACUAGAGGAGCCCUAAAUGGCCCAGUCAGUAUGGACUAGCAGAGCCCCAAAUGGCCCAGUCAGUAUGGACUAGAGGAGCCCUAAAUGGCCCAGUCAGUAUGGACUAGCAGAGCCCCAAAUGGCCCAGUCAGUAUGGAUUAGAGGAGCCCUAAAUGGCCCAGUCAGUAUGGACUAGCGGGGCCCCAAAUGGCCCAGUCAGUAUGGACUAGCAGGGCCCCAAAUGGCCCAGUCAGUAUGGACUAGAGGAGCCCUAAAUGGCCCAGUCAGUAUGGACUAGCAGAGCCCCAAAUGACCCAGUCAGUAUGGACUAGCAGAGCCCCAAAUGGCCCAGUCAGUAUAGUCAGUAUAGACUAGCCCACUUACUGUUGUUCUUCCAUGUCUUUAUCAUUUUUAAACCUUAUAUAGAUAACUGCCUCUAUGGUUGAGCCUUUGUUUCACAUGGUUUCUGUGCUGACAAUGUAAGAUAGAACAUCAAUAUAAUGGAGUAUUUCUGUCAUUUAAGUAUUUGUAAUAUAGUAAAUGUGUUUUGCUCUCUGUCCUUUCCAUGUUACAAGAUUAUUCAAUACCGUUUUAACAUC